AUGGCUGCACUUGGCAAUACUGCACUGACCUCGGCUGAAGAAGUCAGAAUCGAAAAAUGGCGUCAACAACUCUCUAGCAUUGACCCCCAGAGAAUCAUCGACCUUGUGUCGCUGCAACCCGUUGGCUGGCUAGAUACCUGGAGCGACCACGUGGAUGUGUUGCGCGCUCUGAACAGGGCUGCCCACAAUUGGGAUCUGGGUUUCGAGCGGCUGGUCAUGGCGGGAUUGGUCGAGUCGAUGUGCCAAGGGGUCAUAUCCCGCCAGCUGGCUCAGAACCAUUCUAACUUCUCAGAAACCAUGAAACUCAUGAGCAUAAUUGGGCGUGCGGUUGAUUCCUUGGAGUAUCCACUAACGUCGUCCCAGAAGCGAUUCAUUGUUGCAAUCAGGGAGCAUUGGAAAGAUAUGGUGGAAAGCCUAUGGAACAUACCUCUGUCGAGACUUCUUCCCUUAAGAGUGCGCUAUGUUUAUGGGCAUCUUACAGAGCACAUAAUAGCUUUUGAUCCUUCGAUAUUGAGACCAGCCGGAAGACCUGACUGUGCCCAUGAUAUUCAGGUGUUGGAUGGAGUCAACGACAAGAGACGACCUCAUGAGCACCACGAACGCUUUGUUCAACAUCUUUGGCGCCAACCCAAUGCGUCCUUGCCCAGCAGCUAA